AUGAAAACAUUAAAUUCACCAGAUUUUUUAAAACCAAUUUUAAAUCAAUUAAUAGAUGAAAAUACUCCAUAUACUCCAUCAGUUGAGUUACGUAAUACAUUAGAACAUUUAGCUAAUCAACGUGAUGGAUAUUUUUAUAAUACAAAUGCAAAUACAUUCAAUAGACAAUUUGUUAAUUAUAUGAAACAACAAGGAUCUCAAUGGUCAUUAGAUGAUUUGAACAAUUAUACAGUUGAUCGUCCAAAUGCAAUCAAAGUAUGUUGUUGUCUUUCUCUAUCUUUGUUUAUCUUUUCAUUUACCUUACAAUUUUAA